AUGGAUUCCGAAGACGGGGAGUUGUUCAUAAAGCAACUGGCUAGCUUCGUGCGGACGCACGAAAAGGCUCUUGCCAACGCCUUACAAUUUCGAAGACAGACGGCUCGUCAUGGCUCUUCUCAGAGCGUCAGCUCGCUGCCUCCGGUGCAGUCCCCGACUGUUCCCGAGCGGCCUUCUACUUCGGCUUCGACAUCGAGCGGUCUCGCAUCUGCCUUGUCUCUUGGCUCUUUGAGUUUCACUUCACAUAACGUCAAGUCAGCCAAGUUGGCUUUGACUCCGCACCACCUAUUCUACCUCCUCUCCCGAUUCGAAGAACUCGCCAUUCCCGUUGGCCCCAUGAAAAUUCGUCUCGAGAACCUCCACGACAGCUCUACAUCUGCAAACUACGUUUCCUUCCUAAGCAAUACCCAGCGAUCCAGAAGCCGAGGCUCCGAUGUUGGUUCAAUACACUCCGUAUCAAGUGUCCGAAGCGUCAUGUCGGGCAUGUCGGCCCUCUGGCAGAGUUUUGGUAUCGGCGCCAGCAUCUCUGCCGCGAGGACAGAGCGACAGAAGGCUGCCAUUCAGGCUGACCUGAAAUAUCUAUAUUCGGCCUUCACCAAGAUUCCCUGCCUACGCCUCUCGCCCGACUGGCGCGCUCGACUGAUCCGAGGCUACGAAGAGUUUCCGUUUGACUCUGCUGUCCCACUGUACGUCUUCAAGAAUGUGCAAGCCCUCGAGGUCAACAGCAUCGACUUCAGACAGUUCUUUGGAUGGGACAGGUUAGCCGAGCAGCUUAGAUCUCUCACUCUGAAGCGUGCCGGUGUGGAAGACCCCGCAGACAUUCUCAUUGACAUAGUACUCGAUGACAUGGACAAGAGGCGCAGAAGAACCUCCAAGCAACAGUCAUCGCCGACAACGCCCUGGCCUGCGAAUUCGAGCCCUCGAAGAAGUCCGGCUCUCCCACAUGCCGAACUUCACAAGGCCACCUCGGCACCGGGCUCUCCAGAGCCGCGUUCCUCCAUUGGUGAUCUCGGAAUUGGUUCGCUGAACAUGCACGACCACGCUGUCGACGAGGCAUCUGGCGAGGGCAGGAGGACUUCUAUUCCACGAGCGGAUCCUUUCGAGGCCAUGUCUCCUCCGAAGGGAGGCAGGCCCCGUAGCAACUCACCCACUCGCCCUGUCAGCUCUCGCAACCACUCUCACAUGAGAGGUGGUCACAAGGUUCGCCGCUCCGGCUCCGGCAGUUCGCACUCUAGCCUAUCAGACUCGUGGCACCACAGCCGUACCGGAAGCUCUUCAAACUUCCUUAACAUGGGUAUUUUACCUGCGUCCAAGUGGCGUUUCCUCAAGCAUCUCGGUCUUGCCGACAAUUCAAUGACGGCAAUUCCUGCCGCCAGUUUGGCUCCUCUUGCAAACACACUUCAUUCGCUAGACUUGUCGUCAAAUCUGUUCACUCAGAUUCCCGAUAGUUUGGCCACCCUUACCGCACUACGUGCACUUAACCUCUCACACUGCAUGAUUGACGGACUCCACUCCCUGACGCGCAACCCCCUUCCAGCCAUCACAGCCCUCAACCUCCGAGCCAACCGGCUGCAGUCCAUCGCUGGCAUCGAGAAGUUGUACCCUCUUGAGCGAUUGGACCUUCGUGACAACCGUCUGUCGGAUCCUUUGGAGCUCGCUAGACUCACCGGAAUUCCCGACAUUCGGGAAAUCUGGGUCGAGGGCAAUCCCUUCACCAGGACACACAAGGACUAUCGGAUCACCAUCUUCAACCUUUUCCGCAAGACCCCGGGCUACACCGAGGACAUCGUCAUUGACAACUCUGGCCCCACGUACUCGGAAAGGAGAUACCUGGUCGAGCGUACUCCGGUACCCGCGGCUGUGCCAGUUGUCAAGCCUGCUCCUGCUGAUAUUCCGGCCGUUGACGUUAGCAAACCCGCCAUCAUCUACGACAUCCCUAAAGAACCUUCCGUGCUUCGCAAGGAGCGGCCGGUUCCCAAGGCUGUUACGAGCGAGGUAAACACCAGCUCAACCCGGCGUCGCAAGACACCGAAGAGACGUAUCGUGGAUCUUUCCACUGCGGACUCCUCUGUAACAGUAACGCCGGGCGUCGCUCUGCCGCCCACGACAGACAUCAGGGUGCUUGCUGUGGAUGCCACCACGACCGCCGUUGGCUCUGACGGCAACUACCGCAUCUCUCAGUCUCCUGAGGUCCCCCCAUUGCCUUCCGCGGCACUCCCUGAUUGCCGAAAGGCCAACUCCCAACCUGAGGUGCCCCGUAUCGACACCAGUGUGGUUCCUGAACUCCCCCCCAUCUACAGCACCCGCGACACUCCGCCAGACUCCCAAGACUGGGACGUCAGCGGAGAGAUGUACCGCCGGAAGAUCGAGGCGUUGCGGGACAAGGUUGGAAAUGGUUACCUCAGUGUACUCAGUGAGGAGGGCUGGGACCCCUCUCGCCCACCAACAUACACCGUACCCGAUUUCAACCCAGCCUCGACUGGAAGGCCUAGUCCUACUACACCCCGCACUGCCACCACUCCACACCACCCUCCAGCCAUCCACAGUGGCCGUACUCUUGGUUAA